UUUUAACUGGCACCUUAUCUUCACCCUGUUCAUUCUCACAUUGAACUGAAACUACUGCCUUCAAGACCAGCUGCAAGAAUGAGGCUGCCGUGGGUUAAUGGGAUCCUAGCGUUCCUGAGUUCCCAGGUCCUACAAUGUCUGUGUGUCCAAGAGCUUCACGUCAACGCAGAGACUGCCAACAAGAUUUCAGCAGCAGGAAGACGGAUGCGAUGUUCUUCCCCACUGGACAUUCUCAUUCUACUGGACGGCUCCAACAGCAUCGGGAGGGGUAGUUUUGAGAGGUCCAAGCAUUUUGCCUCCAAGUUAUGUGAUGCCUUAGAUAUUGGCUCUGAUCUGAUACGAGUGGGGGCCAUGCAAUACAGUGGAGCUCCCCAGGUUGAGUUCCGUCUCGAUUCAUCUUUCUCCAAAGCUGCCAUUAAAGAGAAAAUCAAGUCCAUUGUGUUUAAGGGCGGCCCUACAGAAACUGGUCUGGCUCUGAAAUACAUUGUGUGGAAAGGUUUCCCCGGGGGGCGUCCGGCCUCUGUGCCCAAGAUCCUCAUUAUUGUGUCUGACGGGAAGUCCCAGGGGAACAUAAAGCUUCCGGCCGCCCAGAUAAAAGGAGAGGACAUUGAGGUUUUCACUGUUGGGGUGAAGUUUCCCAGGUGGGAGGAGCUCCAUGCGCUGAGCAGUGAGCCGCAGGAAGCGCAUGUUCUGUUUGCUGAACACGUGGACGAUGCAGUGAAUGGCCUGGCCACCUCCCUGACCAAUUCCUCUCUGUGCAGCUCUGUCCCACCUGGCUGCAGCGUCCAGUCCUUUCCUUGUACCCGCAAGACUCUGGAAACUGUCAAGGAACUAACAGGAAACUAUAUGUGUUGGAAGGGCUCUGCCAGGCCGGGCACUGUCUUUCCUGGGCACUGCCCCUUCUACAGCUGGAGACGAUUCUAUAACAAGCAUCAAGCUCAGUGCCACCGGACAGUGUGCCCAGAUCCCUGUGAUUCCCAGCCAUGCAAGAAUGGGGGGACGUGUAUAGCAGAGGGGCAGGAUAAGUACCACUGCGUCUGUCCAGCUGGAUUUGGGGGAGAUACAGAGUGCGCUCCUCAGCUCAGCCUGGAGUGUAACAUUGACCUUCUGUUCCUUGUGGACAGUUCCGAUACAACGUCCCUGGAAGCUUUCAUGCAACACAAAUCUUUCCUGAAACGAUUUAUCCAAGCGUCACUUUCUGACGAGUCCCCACUCAACGUUGGCGUGGCGCAGUACAGUAACGAAGUGCAAAUGGUGGUGAAAAUCGGUGAAUAUCAGAGCAUGGCGGAGCUCCUGAAACACAUAGAUAACAUGCGUUUUAUGGGAGGUGGGCUCUUCACCGGUAAAGCUCUGCGCUAUGUCACUCAGUACGGCUUUAAGAGCACCCCAGUUUUCUCCGACGUCCGUGAUGAUCUCCCACGUCUUGUGGUGCUUCUGACAGGAUCCAAGUCUCAAGACUCAGUGACUGGGCCGGCAACCUAUGCACGUGAUCAGGAGGUCUUUCUUAUAGGGGUGACUAGUGACUCCAACAAAGGUGAAAUGGCAGAAAUAGUAGGGAACCCCCUGAAUUUGGUCACGUACUCAAAUCCCCAACAACUAUUCAACCAGCUGCCUCAGCUUCAGAAGAGGAUCUGCAGCAUCGACGUGCAAGGUUGCCAGGCCCAGCCAUUAGAUCUUGCCUUCGUGCUGGACGCUUCCACUGCUGUAGGACAGGAGAAGUUUAAUAGACUGAAGAACUUUGUCACAAUGGUCUCCCUUCAGUUUGAUAUUAAUCGUGACGUCACCCAGAUUGGCCUGGUCACUUACAGCAGUCGCCCUGAGACAGUCUUUGGACUAGACACCCAUGACUCGGGCUCAAGCCUCCUGCAAGGGAUUGGCCGUGCGUCCUAUAUGGGCGGAUCUGCGUCCACCGGAAGUGCCCUACUCCGUGUCUACAAUGAUGUCAUGACUGUGCAAAAGGGGGCGCGGCCUGGGGUGAACAAGGCUGUCGUCGUGAUCACGGAUGGAAGAGGAGCAGAAGAUGCGGCCGUCCCUGCACAGAAAUUGCGGGAUAAUGGCAUCAUGGUAUAUGUCAUUGGUAUAGGGAACAUCCAAAGGAACUCCUUGCUGCGCCUGGCUGGGUCCGAGAAGUUCCUGAUCAGUGUCCCAUCCUAUGAGUCUCUGGGGCACUAUGAGGAUUCAGUUGUACAGAGAGUGUGUGAAGAUGCCAAAUCCCCGGUGAACCUGUGUAAGCCCAAUCCGUGCAUGAAUGAUGGCGUUUGUAUUCUGCGCCAGGGCAGCUACCGGUGCGACUGUCGUGGCUGGGAUGGGCCCCACUGUGAGACAAGAAUACUCCGAGGGGAUUCCCACUGGCCACAAGGGCUUCAUAGCAGGAGUCGCCAACAGAGGCACUCACGGAAACGCAGGCUGAAAUCCGUAUCAGGCAGCAGAUCUUCCCGGAAGAAACCAUAGGUCACUGGGAGUUGUGAGCUCAUGGAAGUUACGAGUCUGGAUUCAUGAGACGGGACUUGCGCCAGUCCUUGGUUUUAUACAAGCUUUGUAUUUAUUAUUGUAUCUCUGUUAGUUUUGACUAUUCCCAUGCACACAGGGCUUGGCCGAGGGGUCCCAAAGUGACAGAAAAGGAAGAUACUUGUGUUGUUGGUAAUGCAAUAGUUGUUAAAGACCCCCUCUCCCGAAAGCCUUCUGCUGCCUACGGGAUGAUAGGAAUUAAAGCUUAAAGAGUUGCUAUAUUAAAGAUGAAAUUCUCAGACUCAUGGAAAUAAGAAACUUUCUAAAUAUAAUCAAUUACAAAUUCUCUACUGUGUCCCCAGCCGUCUCUCUACAUGCAGCUCUGUGUCAGAGUCGGUUAUUGUGAAGGACACUGUAUCGGACCUGUCAAUCAACAUCCGACUGACAGGCUGCUGGGGCAGGGUGAAAUGAUACAACAUUUUCUGAUUAUAAUAAGAAAGUGUCUUAUUUCCAUGAGAUGAAGCUUUUAUUACAAAAAAUAAUUUUUCCCCUUUAACAACAAGUUGGGCAUUUCUAAUGACAAUAGAAAUGUAUAUCACUUAUUAUGUAAUGGUAUAAUAUAUUGUGUAUCCUUCGUAUUAAGCACAUUCGUUGGCUAUGGGGUCGCUGCUGAAGCCGGGGGUCGCUGCUGAAUCCGGGGGGGGGUAGCUGCUGAGGCCGGGGUCUGCAGUGAAUACUGUCGCUGCUACAUCUUGCACUGAAUUCUCUCCUGAGAAUGAGCAUAGACCAUUGGGAAUCAGCUCUUCAUAUUGCAUCUACACUAACAUUCCUUAUAGCAUUCCAGAUUAGUGGAAAACUCUAUAUAGGCCACACCCUGUUAUGCAGAGACACACCCAUGAACCUCAUUAGCCCCACCUACUUUGUGAUAAGCCCAACCCCUCAUUGCUGGUUUAAGGAAAUUAACUGAAAGGACUGACUGCCAUUCCAGUAAGAAAGUUACCCACAAAACUGACAGUCCAAGGCCGGCAGGGAGUUAUUCUGGGGGUGUGUGGAAUUGGCUCAAAUAACUGCCCAUUUAUACAUAUUGUCUGUAUGCAGAAUAUAUAUCAUGUAUCAUAUAUUAAUGUUGCUAUAUUUACCCCUUGCCAAGUCUUAUAAACCUAUUUGUAUAUUUGUUCAUAUUGUUUAUAAAGUAGUCGCUGUUGCCGGGUGUGGGGCAGAAACAACUCCUCUUGGUGCAUCAGUAAAUGACACUUUGUGAUGCCACUCAGGGCAAUUAAAGGACAGAGGUUUUGUAAACUUC